CGACCCGGACCUUUUUUUGUGAAGGGCCAGUGGGAAAUUGUUGCUCUCACUUCCGCCAACUACAACAAAACCGUAUUCCCCAGGCUUUUAUUGUGAAGGUCCCAGCUAGAAGCGGUUACGGUUUUUUAAAGAUGGCGCCGAUUCUUGCCGUUGAGGACUGCUCAGUGUUUUUUGCGCCGUUUUAUGGUUUAUCCGCCAUUAAUCACGAGCUGAGGGCUCCGGUUUGGGUGUCAUGAGGAGCCGGUCACCGUGCAGUGUUACCGGAUGCCUCGCGUGAACCGGACGGCCGUUUUAACGCUGCUGAUUGUCAGCAGCUCCGUGUUUCUGCUGUUCCAGUUAUAUUACUACCGGAAGUACGUCAGCAAGCCUGGCCCUUACAUCCUUAGCCGAACGGGUCACCUCACCGCCAACGACUACCAAUGGCAAACGGUGAAGAAGUUCCUCGGGUUAGCGCGCCACUUCAGGCUGCCGCUGUUCCUCGCCGACACCGCCGCCCUGACGCUACUCUCCCACGAUGCUUUGCGGCGGAGUGACCGGCUGGUGCACGAGCCGCACUGCAGCUUCCUGUGCACCGGCAGGCCAAUCACGUCCUUUGCUCUGCACGCCAACCUGUGGAAGUACGAGCCCGGCUUCCUAUUGGCUGCAGAGCAGAAAGGCUUCGAGCUGCUGGAGCUGCGAGGAGAAGACCCGCGAUUGGCGAGUCUGGACAACCUGUCAGGAGAGGAGAUCCCACUCCACUUCUUGUUCCGCCACCACGGUCACGUCAUACAGGUGGUGUUCCUGUAUGAGCGCAGUGGGAACUACCUGUGGCACGGAGAGCUUCGCUUCAAAUCCAACACAGACCGCAGCUUCGCUCCCUUCAAGCUCCUGGACUACGGACGCCAUGCUGGAUCCUAUGACAGGCCGGAGCUGGUUCUGACGGUCCUGGACGGCCUCGACGUUCGGAUCCCGCGCAACAUUACCCGCUUUCUGUCCGAGCAGCAACGGGCUCGGUUCUUGGAGUGCCGUUACCGUGACGCCCGCAACUUCCUGCAGCUCUACCCCGAGGACUCGUCCCCGGAGGCUUUGGACUUUCGGAGGAAAGUGAAGUCGUUGCUUCAUUCGGCCGCUCGAACCCUCGCUCACCUCAACGUCCCCUUCUGGCUGAGCAGCGGCACCUGUCUGGGCUGGUUCAGGCAGUGCAGCGUGAUCUCGUACAGUCGGGACGUCGACAUCGGCAUCUUCGUCGAGGACUUCCGGUCUGACAUCAUCGCGGCGUUCAGGGACGCCGGACUGUCACUCAAACACAAAUUUGGAAAGGUGGAGGACAGUCUGGAACUUUCCUUUUUGAGCGAUGACGUCAAACUGGACGUUUUCUUUUUCUACAAGGACGGAGACGUCGUUUGGAACGGAGGAACGCAGGCGAAGAGCGGCAGGAAGUUCAAGUACAUCUUCCCUCGUUUCUCUCUGUGCUGGGCGGAGCUUCUGGAGCUGAAGGUUCGCGUUCCCUGUGAAACGCUCGACUACGUGACCGCGAACUACGGCGCCAUGUGGAGCGUCCCGGUGAGGAGCUGGGACUGGAAGUCGUCGCCCAGCAACGUGCAGGAAAAUGGGGUGUGGCCUCGGGCGGAGUGGGCGGAGCUUAUCCAAGUAUACUGAGAGGAAAUCUAACUGAAAAUAAACUCAACACUGAAACUAUAAAUAAAAACAAGGUGGAAAAAAAAAAAAGACUGAGU